GCCAUGUUGGAUGCCGCAGAUUCGCCAUAACCUCUCCGGCUCGUUCCCUAAAAAAAUAAAAAUAAAGAGCGAAGUUUCCUCAGGGUGUCCGGCCUUCUCGCUCGGCACGGGAGGGAGCCAGGAAGGGCCCGAGGCUUUUUUUUCCUCCGCCGUAGGGGCGUUGCCAUGGAGACGCGGGCGGCAGAAAACACAGCUAUCUUCAUGUGUAAAUGCUGUAAUCUUUUCUCACCAAAUCAGUCAGAACUCCUGACCCACGUUUCUGAGAAGCAUGGGGAAGAAGGGAUCAAUGUGGAUGAUGUCAUCAUUCCCCUUAGGCCUCUGAAUACUCCUGAAAACCCCAACCCAAGCAAGAGUGGAGAUGAGUUUUUGGUUAUGAAAAGAAAGAGAGGCAGGCCUAAGGGCUCUACAAAGAAGGCCAGCACUGAAGAGGAGGUGGCAGAAAACCUUGUUAGCCCCAGUGAAGACACGCCCCUGGCUCCAGAGGAAGGGAGUGGCCUGGCCCCUAACAGCCUGGAGUGUAGCAAGUGCUGCCGGAAGUUCUCCAAUACGCGCCAGCUGCGCAAGCACAUCUGCAUCAUUGUGCUGAAUCUGGGUGAAGAGGAAGGAGAGGCAGGUAACGAGUCAGACCUCGAGGUAGAAAAGACAUACAAAGAAGAUGAUCGAGAGAAGGCUUCAAAAAGACCUCGGGCGCAGAAGACAGAGAAAGUCCAGAAGAACUCAGGAAAGGAGGCAGGGCAGCUUUCUGGAGCCAAGAAACCCAUCAUCAGCGUGGUUUUAACUGCUCAUGAAGCCAUUCCAGGUGCUACCAAGAUUAUUCCAGUGGAGGCUGGGCCUCCUGAAACAGGAGCAGCCUCUCCAGAGACCACUGCAGCAGACCUGGUACCGCGAAGAGGGUAUCAAGAAUACGCCAUUCAGCAGACCCCAUAUGAGCAGCCCAUGAAGUCAAGCAGGUUAGGUCCCACCCAGUUGAAGAUCUUUACUUGUGAAUACUGCAACAAGGUCUUUAAGUUCAAGCACUCACUGCAGGCCCACCUGAGGAUCCACACUAAUGAGAAGCCAUACAAGUGCUCCCAUUGCAGCUAUGCCAGUGCCAUCAAGGCCAACCUCAAUGUACACUUGCGCAAGCACACUGGAGAGAAGUUUGCCUGUGACUACUGCUCCUUCACCUGCCUCAGCAAGGGCCACCUCAAGGUGCACAUCGAGCGGGUGCACAAGAAGAUCAAACAGCACUGCCGCUUCUGCAAGAAAAAGUACUCAGAUGUCAAGAACCUCAUCAAGCACAUCCGAGACAUGCAUGACCCGCAGGACAAGAAGGUCAAGGAGGCCUUGGAUGAGCUACGCUUGAUGACAAGGGAGGGCAAGCGGCAGCUACUCUAUGACUGCCACAUCUGUGAGCGCAAGUUCAAAAAUGAGCUAGACCGGGAUCGUCACAUGCUGGUCCAUGGUGACAAGUGGCCCUUCGCUUGUGAGCUCUGUGGUCAUGGGGCCACUAAGUACCAGGCCUUGGAGCUGCAUGUCAGAAAGCAUCCCUUUGUGUAUGUCUGUUCUAUUUGUCUCAAGAAGUUUGUCAGUUCCAUUCGGCUGCGCUCCCAUAUCCGAGAGGUGCAUGGGGCAGCCCAGGAGACCUUGGUUUUUACCAGCUCCAUCAACCAGAGCUUCUGCCUCUUGGAGCCUGGUGGAGACAUCCAGCAAGAAGCCUUGGGGGACCAGCUGCCCCUGGCAGCUGGGGAAUUUGUAUGUUCAGAAAUGAAUGUGCAUAAGGAGGAGGCUUGUCCAGGGAAUGCUCAGCCUGAGGUGGGGCUGAGGGAGCUGGAAGCUCCUGGAGAAGCACCUAGUCCAGCUGUGCCCUUGACCACGCCGCAGAGUGAAAGUGUUUGCCUGUCCCCCUGCAAACUAGAAACCACUGUGGUCUCCUCUGACCUCAACUCUCUUGGAGUGGUUUCAGAUGAAUUUUUACUGAAAAAUGAUACCUCCUCUGCUGAGGUUCAUGCUGCUGCCAAUACAUCCUUGGAUACGCAGCAUGGAGACUCAGUCCAGACUCAGGGUGAAGAAGUCACACUGCUGCUGGCCAAGGCCAAGAGUGCCGGAGCAGACCCAGAGACCCAGAGUGACCAGGGCCCUCCAGCUGGAGGGAAGAAUGUGGUUGCUCUGCCAGCCAGUGAAUCUGACUCUAGCACAUGUCUCAGGGCAAACCCAGUGGAGGCCUCAGACCUCCUUCCUACAGUGGCUGAUAGAGGCACUGCAUUCAUGAAGGUCCUAGACAGUCUGCAGAAAAAGCAGAUGAACACCAGCCUUUGUGAGAGGAUCCGGAAGGUUUAUGGAGACCUGGAGUGUGAAUACUGUGGCAAACUUUUUUGGUACCAAGUGCAUUUUGAUAUGCAUGUCCGCACUCAUACCCGGGAACAUCUGUAUUAUUGCUCCCAGUGUCACUAUUCUUCCAUCACCAAAAACUGCCUUAAACGCCAUGUAAUUCAGAAACACAGUAACAUCUUGCUGAAGUGUCCCACUGACGGCUGUGACUACUCGACUCCAGAUAAAUAUAAGCUACAGGCCCAUCUUAAAGUUCACACAGAGCUGGACAAAAGGAAUUAUUCUUGUCCUGUAUGUGAAAAAUCUUUUUCAGAAGAUCGAUUGAUAAAGUCACAUAUCAAGACCAAUCAUCCUGAGGUCUCUAUGAACACCAUUUCCGAGGUCCUUGGGAGAAGAGUCCAGCUCAAGGGGCUCAUUGGAAAGCGAGCCAUGAAGUGUCCAUAUUGUGAUUUCUAUUUCAUGAAGAAUGGCUCAGACCUUCAGCGGCACAUCUGGGCUCAUGAGGGUGUGAAGCCCUUCAAAUGUUCUUUGUGUGAAUAUGCAACUCGCAGCAAGAGCAACCUCAAGGCUCAUAUGAAUCGUCACAGCACUGAGAAGACCCACCUCUGUGACAUGUGUGGCAAGAAAUUCAAAUCCAAAGGGACAUUGAAAAGUCAUAAGCUCCUUCACACGUCUGAUGGGAAGCAGUUCAAAUGCACGGUAUGUGACUACACAGCAGCCCAGAAGCCACAGCUGCUGCGGCACAUGGAGCAGCAUGCCUCCUUCAAGCCUUUCCGCUGUGCCCACUGUCAUUAUUCAUGUAACAUCUCUGGAUCUCUGAAACGACACUACAACAGGAAACACCCCAAUGAAGAAUAUGCCAACGUGGGUAGCGGGGAGCUUGCAGCCGAAGCUCUCAUCCAGCAAGGUGGUCUGAAGUGUCCUGUUUGCAGCUUUGUGUACGGCACCAAGUGGGAGUUCAACAGACACUUGAAGAACAAACAUGGCUUGAAGCCAGCAACAGAGACUCCCGAGGAGCCCUCGACCCAGUACCUGUACAUCACUGAAGCUGAAGAUGUUCAGGGGACACAAGCAGCUGUGGCUGCCCUUCAGGACCUGAGAUACACCUCUGAGAACGGUGAUCGACUUGACCCCACAGCUGUGAACAUCCUGCAGCAGAUCAUUGAGCUGGGUUCUGAGACCCAUGAUGCCACUGCUGUGGCCUCAGUCGUUGCCAUGGCUCCUGGGACAGUAACUGUUGUGAAACAGGUCACUGAUGAAGAGCCCAGUUCUAACCACACAGUCAUGAUCCAGGAGACUCUGCAGCAGGCCUCUGUGGAGCUGGCGGAGCAGCACCAUCUGGUGGUGUCCUCUGAUGACGUGGAGGGCAUUGAGACAGUGACUGUUUACACACAGGGUGGGGAGGCCUCUGAGUUCAUCGUGUACGUGCAAGAGGCUGUGCAGCCCAUUGAGGAGCAGGUUGGGGAGCAGCCAGCCCCAGAACUCUAGAGAACCCUAGCCUCCUGUAGCAGCCAGCCUUUGUGGGCCCUGGGGACCACUCAACCUACCAGGCCAGUCCUUGCUCUUCUUGCCUACUGGCCCAGAUAGUGUUCUUUGUACUGUCUUUGUGUGGUCAAGGCCAGUGUAUCACCAGCAAUACAAAACCCCAGUCCUCAACACAAAUUGCACCCUGACCCAGCAUCCUCUGAUUCCAGAGGACCUUUACAUCAGCUCUCCUCUCCCGGCCCUUGCCUGCUUUAAGAUGCAGAGACUCUCAUCCCUAUCAGUGUCUUCUUUGAUUACAACCCCAACCCUUUGCACCCCUACCCACACCCCAGGUGCUCAUCCUCGUCUGGGCCUGCUGUGCUGUCUGUGAAAGGGAGACAGACAUCUCACAGCAAGUGGCCUUAUGUCUUUUGAGUUAACCACUCGGUGGGGUGGUAGGACCAUCCAAGCAUUCUCCACUGACCACCGCUGUCCUCAGUGCAGGGGCACUGGAAACAAAUGAGUGACCCACGCUCCUCCACCACAGGGGCCCAGCUUGGAGUUCUUUUUGCUUUUAAAAUAAAUGCAUUUUCUCUCUUCACCUCCCUUCUGGGGAGGUGGG